UAUGUUGGAGGCGGAUCUAAUUGUAAUAUGGGGUUUGGUAGGCGAAGACGAAGCGCUUGAUUUCAAUACAGAUGAUUUUAUAAAACCAUUCCCUUCUUAUGAAAAAGAGAAACCGGUUGAUGCUCACAAUUCAAAACUCAUUGGUCUUAUUUCUUUGAGUGUUGUUUUUGGUGAAAUGUUAAUAUUAGUCUUAUUAGAUAUAGCUGGAAUAAGAUUUCAGAUUAAAAAACAUAUGAUACCGAAUAUUAAAUAUGGUAUUCGAAAUUGCACUAAAAAGAAGAGAAGAAAUUCCGUUAUUCCGCAAAAGUCCUUCAAAGCUAAAAUAAAAUGA